AUGGUGCCCCUCGUGCUAUGGGCCAGUCGCGGCGUUUUCCACUUCUCCGCAUGGAGGCAUGAGCAGGCCCACCGCAGCAGCAAAGGGUCUACAGCGCCAGUCGCGCCGCCGAGCUGCAAAGUCGCGGCCUGGACGUCGUCCUUGCGCAACCCCCUGAGCUCCACCCUGCCGGGGCAGCUGGUGCCGCUCGGUGGCGGGGAGCCCAUGUAUUCUUUCAGCGUGUCGGAGCCGUUCCGAGAGGUGCCAGGAUCGAGCGCGUACUUGGACGCCUACAUGCGGGACAUUGCGCGCCCGGUCGUGCUGCCGGCCCUUGCGACGUCGCCUCGCAAGAAGGUCUCACUGUCUUCGAUGCCCAUGUCGGCAAGGCGAGCGUUCCCCGAGCUGGUCAAGGGGAGGAAGGUUUUCUUUUCCCCUGUGGGAAGGAAGAAGUACGGAUAA